UGUAUUUUUUUUAAUUAAUUUUGUCUACGGUACUGUACUAAACUAACUCAACCUAUAGUUGACCUUGGAACCUUUGAUGAAAACGUUGGGGAGUUUAUUUGUUUUCAUGUCCAGAAUGCCGAUCAAGUCAAUCAAGGCCCGUCAAAUCUUCGACUCCCGUGGCAACCCCACUGUGGAGGUUGAUCUGGUGACAGAGCUAGGCCUUUUCCGUGCGGCUGUACCAUCUGGCGCAUCUACUGGUGUCCAUGAGGCUUUAGAGCUCAGAGACAAUGUGAAGGGAGAGUACCAUGGCAAGGGUGUCCUCACUGCCAUCAAGAACAUCAAUGACAUCAUUGCUCCUGAGCUUCUCAAACAAAACCUUGAGGUCACACAGCAGAAGGAGAUUGACGACUUUAUGCUGAAGUUGGAUGGCACUGAAAACAAGUCAAAGUUGGGUGCCAAUGCCAUCCUUGGUGUAUCUUUGGCAGUUGCCAAGGCUGGUGCUGCAAAGAAGGGAGUGCCCCUGUACAAACACUUGGCUGACUUAGCUGGAAAUGCUGAUAUUGUACUUCCAGUACCAGCAUUCAACGUCAUCAACGGAGGCUCCCAUGCCGGCAACAAGCUUGCUAUGCAGGAGUUCAUGAUCUUACCCACAGGUGCUUCCUCAUUCAGUGAGGCAAUGCGUAUGGGAUCAGAAGUGUACCACUUCCUGAAGAAGAUCAUCAAGGAAAAGUUUGGUCUUGACUCCACUGCUGUGGGUGAUGAAGGUGGAUUUGCUCCCAACAUCCAGAACAACAAAGAUGCUCUUUUCCUGAUCCAGGAUGCCAUUCAGCAGGCUGGUUACACUGGCAAGAUUGAAAUUGGAAUGGAUGUAGCUGCCUCUGAAUUCUUCAAGAAUGGCACCUAUGACCUUGACUUCAAGAACCCUAAGUCCAACCCUGCUGACUACCUGUCAUCUGAGAAGUUAGCUGAGGUGUACCUUGACUUCAUCAAAGACUUUCCCAUGGUGUCCAUUGAGGAUCCCUUCGACCAAGAUGACUGGGCGGCAUGGAGUAGCCUCACUUCCCGCACACCCAUCCAAAUUGUUGGGGAUGAUCUUACUGUAACAAACCCUAAGCGUAUUGCUACCGCCGUCGAGAAGAAAGCUUGCAACUGCUUGCUCUUGAAGGUAAACCAAAUUGGCAGUGUCACUGAAUCCAUUGAUGCUCACUUGCUGGCCAAGAAAAAUGGAUGGGGCACCAUGGUUUCCCACAGGUCUGGAGAGACUGAAGACACUUUCAUUGCUGAUCUCGUAGUCGGUUUGUCUACCGGUCAGAUCAAGACUGGUGCACCCUGCCGCUCUGAACGUCUUGCCAAGUACAAUCAGAUCCUCCGCAUUGAAGAGGAACUCGGCGCCGCUGCCAAAUACGCUGGCAAGAACUUCCGCAGGCCUGUUUAAUUUUACCUUCGUGUAAAAGAGUAUAUUCAUACAACAUAAGUAACAUAAUUGCUGUCAAACUAAUGACUGAAAUGGAUAUGCUCUUCACAUUACACAGCAUUUUAAUUCCCUGUAGUAAUAAUACAUGUUAAGUAGAUGUGACAACAGGAAUAAUGCACACAUUUUUCAAAAGAACUAUAUUUAUAAGAGAUUACUGGCUGUAGUGUAUGUACUAGUGUCGAAUGUAUGAUGCUAUUUAUUUAAAUUUUAAGAUUUAUUUUUAAAAUUAAUUGAUAUUGAUGUUCAAUAAAUGAUAAUGUUAUU